UUAACUUGCAGCAAAGGUUCUGCUAUGAAGAAGAAACGAAAUUGAUAUGACGCCUACGUUAUGGAUGUUACAGUUGAUCAAGCGAUAGAAAAUAUCUGGGAGUGCAAGGCAGAAGAAGAUUUUCUUGAUGUUACCCUGACACUCCUUAAACUUAUCCAAAAUGUUUUAUUCAACCCUGAUAAACCAAAAUUCAAGAAAAUUAAGAGAAACACUGCAUUUUUCUUCACAAAUCCUGGAGUUGAAGAUUUUUUAAGAGUAUGUGGUUUUGAAGUCCGUGAAAACUGGAUGAUAUUCAUGGACACUGAAGUUGCAUUUUUGAAGAUUGACACCGGGAAACGACAGCUUCUUAGUUAUCGGAAAAAAGUGGACUCUCUCAAAGCAUAUGAAGUUCCCGAAAACAGUCUACGCUACACAAACAUUAUGCUUGGAAAGGGCAAGUUUGCAUCAGUGUUCCAAGGAUCUUGGGAAAAUUGUCCAGUUGCCAUUAAAGCACUCCAUCCAUAUUGCUCGGACCAAGCUGUUAAAGAUUUCAGAAGAGAAGCUGAAAUAUUGAGGAGUUUGAAACAUAACAACAUUGUUAUCUUAUAUGCAGUUUGUUUGCAGAAUGUCAACAAGCGACAUGCCCAUGUUUUGGAACUAAUGGACAGAACAAUAUUGGAUGUGCUGCGCACUGAUCCAGAUUUAACUACCGAGAGACUUGUUGCCAAAGCUUUGGAGGUGGCUGCUGGCUUGGAUCAUAUCCACAGUAAAGACAUUCUACACUGUGACAUCGCUGCUAGAAAUAUUUUGCUAAACAUCCAAGGGGUUGUGAAGAUCAGUGAUUUUGGUCUGGCUCGUUACUCGGAUAGUCCAGAUUGUAACUUGGUAGGCAAGGCCACUGUCUUCCCUAUUAGGUGGACUGCCCCGGAAGUAUUUACCGAGAACGUCCUCACUAAAUCAAGCGACGUGUGGAGUUACGGAAUCCUGUGUUACGAAUUUAUCACCAGAGGAAAGACACCGUACGGUACUUUCCAGAACAGACAGAUAAAACGAAGUGUUGCCAGUGGUUACCGACUGCCCAAGUCAGAUGAGUGUCCAGAUGACUUGUACAUGUUAAUGUUGAAGUGUUGGAACAGUGAGCCCAGCAAGCGCCCUUCUUUUCAGGUCAUCUACCAGGACCUUAUCAACAUGAAACUGGGAUUCGCUAAGAAGCAAAAGUUUGCUGUAAACUUUGACGAGAGGGAAAUAUCAGCGGAUUCUGACCAGCAAGCCGUGAGAAUUAGCACAUUCCGACGACAAAGUUUGGGAAUGCGAGCUAGCAUAAGGAAACUUGUUAGAAGCGUGAGUGGCAAGAGGCAAUCUCAACUCAGCUGGUCAUCUGACAAUUGCGAUGACAGUUUAACUGUAUACACGACCCUCCUUCAAACGAGCAAAGAUAAAAUAUCAGUACAUUGCAAGAAGGACAUUAGAACGGGAGACGUGAUGAAAAAGAUAUUACAGAAAAUAGGACUCCCUGAGCAAGAUUCCUACAAAUACGCGAUGGUAGAAGUAUUUGACGCUCAAGCCUCAAUGAGAAGAUCCCAACCUGCACUUAACACCUCCCCUGAACAGUGCACCCCGUACGUUAAACUAAGGGGACUGUUGGAUCAGCCUCUCUUAUCACGGGCCACAUGGCCAGACAAGGAGAACACACGGUACCUGGUCUGUACUAGGGGAUCUAUAUUGAGAGUAUUGGAACUCUGUAGACAGAUUAAAGAUGGUGUUAAUGUCGGCCAGCAGCCCUAUCAGACCCGCGGAUACCUCCUUCAAUCCACUGGGGUAGUUACUGGUAGACAGAGCAUGAUGUGGAGUAAGGUCUGGGGUACGUUAGACGGCAUUUCUCUCGCCGUCUUUGAAGAUGAAGAUUGCGAGGAGGCAUGGAACUGCAGUACAGUACUGACGGUACAGCAUGCUUCUAUAUCAGAGAACAGACACGACAUGUUCUGUGUUACAGACACUACCAACGCACAACACACCUUUCAGGCUGAUGAUAGAGAGGAUGCAUUCCGAUGGGUGGAAGCAAUCAACGCAGCUCAGUUAUCUAAAGCACCCCAAUCCUCAAAACUUGCUGACUCUAUUGCUCUUCACACUGCUAAGGUGCUAGUAAUAACGGGAUCUACCAACGAUGAAACAAUAAACUACGGGCACAAACAGGUGACCCUCCACAAGGAGGAACUGGUAUUCUACCACAAUGGUGAGAGACACAGUUUCAGUAUGUCUGAUCUCAGCGAGAUAUCUAUAGUUCCUGCUAACCCCAACCAUAACGCAACACGUGGUUCUACCAGCGGGUUAAACCCUAACGGGUUCAGAUUAAAGUUUGGAGAGGGAGCCUGUAACCACCUGUAUCCCAUGUCUCACGAGGACUACCAUGCUUGGUCCAGCGCACUUCACCGAGCUACUCUUCUCUUAGGCCUACCUCAUGUCAUAGAGCAGUCAAAUCUCAAUGAGCUGAAAGAAGAACAGAAUCCGGCUUCAGGACGGAUAGAGAGUCCAGAUUCAGGUAUUCUGAGCGGUGACACGCCCAACUCGCACCAGGGGACCUCCUCUCCGGAGCUCGAAGACAGCUUUGCUGAGCUGAACACUUCAAUACAAGUCGAGUCUGCUUGUGUUGCCCGAGAAAGCUCGCAGCCAAACGACAGACGUAGUUACCGUCCUCCGCCUCUACCGCCCCGGCACAAGACAUAGUACCCUCCUACCACAUCGUCCCUGGAAUCUAACACCUUUACCAACUUGAUGUAAAAUAGCUGAGCAACUCGUUCUGAUACGUUGGUCGCUUCCUAAAGUAGAUUGAAAAGUCGGCCAUCGUCUAUCGGUUACUCAGUAAAAACUCUUUUUUUACCAACUCGAAGUUAUGAUGAACAACUCAGAACAAACUCCCUUUAUUUAAAAGUUAACAGUACUGACUAUAAUCAUUAUGUGCAUACUAAUACUGAAAGUGCUUCAAUAAGCUCUGCGGUGUGUUCAUUUUAUUGAAUUCGGUUUCGUUGAAUAGAUAGCAGGAAAAUAUUAUUUUGUUAUGGUCCGGGCAAUUUAUAGGACGCCAAAAAGGGCCAAUGAAAUUUAUUCUGCAUUUUAAUAAACUUUGUUUUCUAGUUUAUACUUUGCGAUAAUAUAAGACACAAAUAGUAUUUUGCAAUGGUUGAAUGACAAAAUUUCUUAAUUUUUGUAUUUCGUAACUAAGACUGAAGUCACCGUGCCUAUAUCGUGCCUUGUCACAAAUAAUUUUGUUAACAAGAUUUUUGGUCCAGCAUUUUUUUCAAUUAUGAUAUAGUUUUCGAAAAUCUGGUUAGGAUUUUCACAUUUCCAUUCGUAGGACUAGGAAUCAGAAAUAAGCCGCUUCAUCAAGAUUACGCUUUUUUCUGUUAGAAACAGUCGUGAAUGAGAACUUCGUGAACGCUUUUGAUACUUAUGAUAUAUUGGCGUUUCAUUUCAACUUUAAAGGUAUGUAUUAGGUUUAUUUUAUUGUUAGUAACUUUAUUGUUCAGCUUUAUACGGAACAGUUAAAAUUUUUGUACAGUUUAGAAUUUUAAACUUUUCAGUAUUAUGACACAAACACCGA